CUACGCCCCUUUGAUUGUCUGUUGUUCACACUGGCCUCAGAGCGAGAGCUCCUGUGACAGAGGGCUGCUUUGAUUCAUGCUGUUGUGGAGCCUCAUUUUGGGAUUUGAAGAACAAUUAAUGCGGCUAGAACAGAGCGCAUGAAGGAUGAGAAGAUGAAUGUGGAGGCUCUAAGCAGAGCAGAGCUGCUGACUCUCCUCAGUAUUUUGGAGGGAGAGCUGGAGGCCCAGGAUGUGGUCAUACAUGCCCUCAGGGCUCAGCACAGAGAUGCUUUUGUCCAGGAGCGUUACGGCCAGUAUGACCUCAGCGAUCCAUUCCUGGCCCUGCAGCGGGACAGCGAGUCAGAGGAGCGCCAGAACACACUCACUGAGCCUCACACACACCUGCAGGGCCGGGCGGUGGGCCCAAACCCUCUGGCUGUGCUUAAACUGGUCAUGGCUCACUGCAAGAGGAUGCAGGAAAGGAUGAUGGGACAGUUGGCUGCUGCUGAGAGCAGACACAGGAGGGUGAUAGCUGAUCUGGAGGAGGAGAAACGACGGCAUGCCCAGGAUUCUGCGCACAGUGAUGAUUUCACCUUCAUGCUGCAGACAGAAAGAAACAAACUGCUGCAACAGUUGGAAGAUGAGCGUACAACAGUACGAAGGUUAGAGAAGGAAAAAGCACAGGCAGUGAGCCAGGUGGAGGAGUCACAGUCCCAACAGCAGCAGCUCUCCUCAACUCUGACUCUGGAGCGCCAGAAAGCCAGCAGCCUGGCUCAGGAAGAGGCUCAGAAGGUCUGCCAACUUCGCAUCUUGCUCCAAGAGGAGACCAGUGCCCUGGAGAAGCUUCGGGGAGUUCUUGAAGAUGAGAAGAGCAGGGCAGCCCAGCUACAGGCCGGGUCUGAGAGGCAGCUGGCUGAGUUUGACACAGAACGAGAGCAGAUGAAAGCCAGGAUCAGCAAAGAGGAAGAGAGGAGUAGGGAGCUGGAGAGACAGCUGGAGGAGCUGAGGAAGAGGUUGGUUGAAACUGGAGGAUGUAAAGAAGAGGUAAAGGAGGCUGUGACAGAGGUCAAAGAGUCACUUUCCAAGAUGAUGAUGGUGUCCACAUCUGUUCAGACUGAGCCGGAUGGAAAGAUAACUCCUAAUUCCACCUCACUGUCAAAGGUCAAUGGCUAUCACACUUAUAAAGAGACAGAACCGACACAGGAAGGCAGAGGAGCAGAAAAUGGAGCGGUGGUAGAGAAUGGGGGAGGAGCACUUUUGCAUUCCCCUCUUCACCCUCAUCCUCAACCUCAUCCUCACUCUCCCUCCAGCACAGCCUCUUCUUCCCUCUCCUCUUCCCCCAUUUCCUCCCCCGUUCUUGCCAAGCGUCUGGGCAGCCCGGGCUUCCACCAGUCCUCCUACCAGGCUGGAGUCAACCAGCGAUUUCAGGCUGCCAGGCACAAGUUCCAGAGCCAGGCCGAGCUGGAUCAGCAGCAGUAUGGUGGCCCUCUUUCCCCCAGGGACCUCUCCCCGACCACCUCUUCCAUCCCUCCCCCACCAGAGCACAGCACAGCUAAGCAGCUGGCCCGCAACACUGUCACUCAGGUGCUGUCCCGCUUCACCAGUCAGCAGGCUGGUGUCAAGCUGGCACCAAUCAGCAGCUCUCCAUUUGGUACAGACUACCGUAAUGUAACAGCAUCUCCACCCGGGGGGAGGUCAUCUUCUUCAGGGCCUCUGUCUCCAGGCAUCCGCUCCCCCCUCACUCCUCGCUCAGAGAGGACCCAUCCUCCUCCGAUCCUUCCCAAGAAGCCAGGCGUGAGUUCAACUCCAGGCUCCCCAAGUCACUCUGCUCGGACCAGCCUCUUCCCAGAGCUGACAGGGAACUGUGGACACAGCAACAGUGGGCAGGAGGGAGCCAAGGAGCCAGACCUGGUUUUAUCUUCUAGCAGCUAAUGGCCAGAUCAUACAAACUAACUCCUACAAUGAGUCAAGCCUAAAUCAGUUACUGUAAUAUUCAUCUUUGCCAUCCCUUAACCCCACUUCAUAAUCAGUAGUAUAGACACUUUAAAGCUGGACUGGUUCAAACAGAUGCAUUUAAGAGUUUGUCGCAUCCCUACCUCUAUACCACAAACUGAGAAACAAUCUGAAAAGAACUAUUUGAAAAAAAAUAUAGUAUUUUAUGGAUUUUUUAAAAUUUGAUUUAAUAUUUAUAUUAACAUUCCUGUCUUUAUUCCUUUAUAUUGAUUUUUUUGUAAGUUUAUCCUGUGCAUUUUCCACUUUAAUAUAUUAAGGGUGUUUAGAGACCAUAUAUAUGAAGAGACCAAGCUAAAUACCUGUUUGGUUUUGAAGAUUUCAUAGUGCAACACUCCUUUUCUUUUCCUUUAAUGCUCAAAUUGCCAGUCCUGUUAGAAUACUUUAGUCCGAGGCAAAACCAUAUAGCAAGUAGAAGGGCUAAAAUAUAUGGAUUUAGAGUAUAGCAAAUGUGUAGCUAUCACCAUUUCACAAUUAGUGAGUAGUUUGCAACUGUUUUUCUUAUGCAGUUCCUGUGGAGAUGGUUCAUGAAAACAUUAUACUGUUAGUUUAAAGAAUUCUCAGUUGAUUCUCUAUGAAUGAACAUCACAUGCUUGUGCUGUCUUGUCUUGAAAAGGGAGAGCACACUUUGUACUACAUUACUGUAAAAUACUUUAUGUCUACAAUUUAAAAUGUUUUGUUUAGGGUAGAUUCAUUUCUGCUUCACCCAAACAAAGAAGGACUAUGUAUCAUGAUUGUGAUAACUCUUUGGGAUAUUGCAUCAGUGAACAUAAUGGGGACUAAAGGUUUGAAUCUCGCUACUGUAACUGUAGUUUUUAUAAUAUCUCUCAAAUAAGUGGCUUAGUAUUGUGUCGUGUCCUAAGAGUGCUACACAUCAGAUGUUUGUUUACCGUUUAGGUUUACCAUGUUUUUUAUGUUUUCUGGCUUUAAAACCAAGAAUUGAUUUUAAGUCAGUGCUAUUUUAGCCAAUCAAUUUAAAUCUGUAGAUUUAUACACCAUUUGUCUGUGAGGGGCAAUGACCCUCAGCUGUCUCUAGUAAAUAUGCAUAUCAUGAACACCUGCAACAUUUAGUGCUAUUUUAAAUAAACUGCCUAUGCCUUAAA